AUGACAGUUGGUAAGCCUUUGUCAAAAUCAGAUGGAACUGCAAUUGAAAAUCCCACAGCACCCACCACAGUUCAUUGGAAUGCUGUCAAAAGAGUGCUUCGUUACUUGAAAGGUACCUUGUAUCGAGGACUCCACAUCAAAUAUCCUGACAGACUUGCUCUUGCUGGUUUCUUUAAUGCAGAUUGGGCGUGUUGCCCAGAUGAUAGACAAAGCCUUGCUGGUUAUUGUGUAUACUUGGGAGAUACCCUGUUGUCAUGGUCGUCUAAAAAGCAAGCUGUGGUGUCUCGCUCAAGCACGGAAUCGGAAUACCGAGCUCUUGCUCAAGUUUCUGCAGAACUGUCUUGGAUUCUUGGAUUCAAGCUUUAUUGGAUGAGUUUGGCUUUCCUUUACUGUGUGUUCUUGUAA